UGAGGAUCUUAAAGAAACCCAAUAUAUUAACUUUAUUCCUUUUCUAACGUAGAAUUCAAGAUUGAUGCUCGCGUUAGAGCUUGUAUAGCCAAUGAUUGUUUUUCAUUUUUUCCGACAAUUGUUUUUUUUUUCUAGGUUGUCGUUCGACAGUUUGAGCUAACUGAGUUGGAAUUCGAACUAACAAUAUUGGAUUUGAACCCAAGUUAUACAAACUCUCAUUGGGAUUGACUUUUGAUGGUGUGAAAGAUAUCUCAAAGAAUGGCUGCAGAACAGAGGAAGAUCAUUAUUGACACUGAUCCUGGUAUUGAUGAUGCCAUGGCAAUUUUUUUGGCCUUAAGAUCACCAGAAGUGGAGGUUAUUGGACUCACUACCAUUUAUGGCAAUGUUUACACAACACUUGCCACAAGAAACGCCUUGCAUUUGCUGGAGGUUGCUGAGAGGACUGAUAUUCCUGUGGCUGAAGGAUCUCAUGUCACUAUCACUAAAGGAACAAAACUUCGUAUUGCUGAUUUUGUCCAUGGUGCUGAUGGACUUGGCAACCAAAAUUUCCCUCCACCAAAAGGAAAGGCAGUUGAACAAUCAGCAGCUGCUUUUUUGGUUGAGCAAGCGAAACUUUACCCUGGAAAAGUUACUGUGGUUGCAUUGGGACCCCUAACAAAUCUUGCACUGGCUGUUGAACUGGAUCCAGCAUUUGUAAAGAACAUUGGGCAGAUAAUUCUUCUUGGUGGUGCGUUUUCAGUAAAUGGUAAUGUGAACCCAGCAGCAGAAGCAAAUAUUUUUGGUGAUCCAGAAGCUGCAGAUAUUGUAUUUACGUGUGGGGCAGAUGUUGUGGCUGUGGGUAUUAAUGUUACUCAUCAAGUAGUUAUGACAGAUGCUGAUAGAGAGAAGUUGGCACAGUCAAAGGGCAAAUUUGCUCAGUAUUUGAGCAAAAUCUUAGAGGUGUACUUUGCUUAUCAUCGUGAGGCGUACUCUACAAGAGGAGUUUACCUUCAUGAUCCAUCAGCUCUUCUUGUAGCUGUUAAUCCUUCACUUUUUACUUAUACCGAGGGUGUCGUGAGAGUCCAGACCACUGGCAUCACAAGGGGACUCACAAUAUUAUACAACAAACAGAAGAGGUAUGACCUCUACGGAUUUGGAGAAAUGACCGAAUGGGCAGACAAACCUACAGUGAAGGUAGCAGUCACAGUCGAUGCUCCAGCCAUUGUCAAACUACUCAUGGAUCGGCUUAUGGACUCGUAGAAAGAUUUAGACUAGAGAAAUUUUAUACUACUCUGGUCUGUUCUUGAUUUCAAGUUCACGGCCACCCUGUGUGAACCAGUUGAGCAAGGUGAUGGUGCAGAGCUGUUGAGCUUGAAGUUGUGUUGAAUUAACAUCAGUACUCAUUGAUUGCAAUAAAAACUAAUUACAUGUAAUAUCAUGUACCAAUAAUGUAAAAACUUAAUUCAGUAACAUUAUUUGUUUCAAGCAUAUAUUGAACAUAACCAGGUUGAAUUCAA